AUGGGCAAAGACUACUACCAAGUGCUUGGCGUCUCCAAGGAUGCGGACGACGAGACGCUCAAAAAGGCUUACAAGAAAGCCGCACUCAAAUGGCAUCCGGACCGCAACAAGGACAACAUCGAUACGGCCAACAAGAAGUUCAAAGAGGUCGGCGAGGCGUUCGAGGUUCUGAGCGACAAGGACAAGCGCGCCAUCUAUGACCAAUUUGGAGAAGAAGGGCUCAAAGGCGGCGGCCCACCCCCACCGGGAGCCGAUGGUACGGGUGGAGCAGGAUUUGGCGGAUUCCCAGGCAGCUCCGGUGGCUUCAGCGGAUUCCCUGGAGGCGGGGGUAGGACUUUCACCUUCACCUCGGGCGGUCCCGGUGGUAUGGGUGGCAUGGGAGGUGCGGGCGGAUUCAGUCCCAGCGAUCCAAACGAUAUUUUUGCUAGCAUCUUUGGCGGUGCUAGUCCGUUUGGUGGCGGCAUGGGUGGCAUGGGAGGUAUGGGAGGUAUGGGCGGAAUGGAAGACAUGCUUGGCGGCGGUGGCGGAGCCAGGCGCAAAGCGGGAGGCGGUAUGCCCGGCGGUUUCAGCUUUGGCGGUGCUCCAGGCGGCCCCACCCCCGCUGCCGCUGAAAAGCCCAGCGACGUCGAGAAGCAACUGCCGCUGUCGCUGCAAGACCUCUAUACGGGCACCACCAAGCGUCUCAAAGUCGGGCGCAAACUCGCUUCAGGCGGCUCGGAGGAAAAAGUUCUCACAGUCGAAGUGAAGCCCGGCUGGAAAAAGGGCACCAAGAUCCGCUUCAGUGGAGCAGGGCACGAAGUGGCACCGGGGUCGUUCCAAGACGUAGUGUUCAUCGUCGAUGAGAAGCCGCAUCCGCACUUCCGGCGCGAUGGCGACGAUCUGCGCGUGACGAUUCCGCUGCAGCUCGUGGACGCGCUCGACCCGCCCAAGCCGGGCAAGCCGGGAUCGAGGAAGCAGAUCGAGACGCUGGAUGGGCGCAAGAUCGAUAUCCCCAUCCCGCAACCUACGGCGGGGAAGAGCUGCAUCACUCCUGGCAAGACGACGAGGUUGGCGAACGAGGGCAUGCCGAUCAGUAAGACGGGCGGUAAGCGCAAGGGCGAUCUGGUGGUGGAAUGGAGUGUCGAGCUGCCGGAGAAUUUGACGCCUGCACAGAAGGAGGGGGUGAGAAAGGUCCUUGCUCCCUGA